GAACGAAACGCUUGGCGAGAGAAAGAGCGAACGGGUGGGAGAGAGGAAGCAAGAGAGAAAGAGACAGAGCGAGAGAGAGACCUCAGACGUCGCGAUGCCCUUUUAACAGACUUCUCUUCAUGAGUCUUUUGUAAACGUCGUGAAAACCGUGCGAUCAAAGGAAUAAACAUUUAUCCAAGUGCGAAAAUAAUCGUGCUCUAGACAUGUUGCUGGUGUCCGGUGUGGUGUUAUUUGGUCUAGCGAUCCAGUGCUCCAGGGCGAGUAUUUUUACUUUCGAGCCGACACCGACUGCGUUGAACGAUCAUGGAGCUCUACGCCUGGAUCUGGACAGCCUCGAGAGCGGAUACCACGGCUUGGUCAAGGAAAAUGAAACGCUGGUCGAGGUCACCCCACAAAUACGUGCCUUAGGCGCUAAAGUGUGCUCGUUUCAUAUCGCUAAUCGACACCAUGGAGAGGCACCCUUCGUUAUCACCUUCAAGGAAAAAGGCACAGCCGAAUUGCGAGCCGUGAGAGUUCUCAAUUGCGAGAAAAGACGCAACUACAAGUUCGACAUCGCUGCUGUCGCAUGCAACGGAGCUCAGUCCGAAAAUGCUACAGUCCACAUAACGGUAGUCGAUGUGAACGAGUACGCGCCACAAUUUCUGCAGCCGGCCUACGUCAGCACGGUCGACGAGGGACGCUUGUACGAGGAAGUUGUCCGCGUGGAGGCCUCGGAUCGGGAUUGCACCCCGAAAUUCGGUGACGUUUGCAAAUACGAGAUAUUGACAGCCGAUCAGCCGUUCGUGAUCGACAAUGAGGGCGCGAUACGAAAUACGGAGCCGCUGGAUUACGAGAGAUCGCACAAUUACAUUUUGAGCGUAGUAGCUUAUGACUGCGGAAUGAAACAAUCGGCACCGGCGAUGGUCACCGUCAAAGUCAACCGAGUGUGUUCCCCCGGCUGGCGCGGGAUUCCCGAGAGAGUCGAUUACGCUGCAGGGGUCGGAUCCCAAGCUCUUUUGCCUUCGGCGAAACUCGAGCUUUGCGACGCACCGUGCGUUCUCCGUAAUAUCCGCACCACACUGACCCUUGCGACCGAUCACAUCGGCAAAGGCUGCGAUCGUGACACAUACGGCGUUCGUAGCCAAAGGAAACUGUGCGGCGCGUCCCGUGACAGCGUCGAUCUUUUGCCGACACCCGGACCCAACUCACCGUGGACCGCUACACUCUCUCGUGACGAAGGCAGAGAAGCCGAUGAAAUAUUCGAAUUCGACGGUACCAACUCCGCCGCAAUCGUACCUACCGAUGUCCUCGAUCCCACUCUCGCACAGAAAUUCAGCAUCGGCGUUUGGGUAAAACAUCGCCCGAAACCGAGACAAGAACCUCAUGUCAAGGAACACAUUCUCUGCGCCGCUGACGAUCACAAAAUGAACCGCCAUCAUUACGCUCUGUUCGUGCGAAACUGCCGUUUGAUACUGCUGCUCCGUCGUGACUUUUCGGAGGGUGAUCCGAACAUCUUCAGGCCAGCGGAAUGGCGUUGGAAGUUGCCGCAGGUAUGCGACGACAAGUGGCACCAUUACGCUCUGCAGGUAGAUUUCCCGCACGUAAGUCUUUACAUUGACGGAGAGGAAUGGCGCACGGACGAGAAGAAUCCUGAGGUGAUCGACGACUGGCCAUUGCAUCCGGCGAAGGGUAUAAAUACGACACUGGUGGUGGGAGCCUGCUGGCAGGGUUCGGACAAUAGAACGAAGCAUAAUUUCCGUGGUUAUUUGGCUGGUCUCUCGGUGCUCGUCGGUCGUAACGAGAAGCCCGAAGUAUUGACGUGUCUCCGAAGAUGUCAGGAGGGAAUUCACGUGCCGCCGAUGGAUCUUCUGCAGCCGGGAACGCAAUUGUUGACGAAUUCGGAUUUGACGGAGGUGCGAAUCGACGGGGACAACCGAACGAACGUAGAGACGCUGUUGCGGCGCAUCGGAUAUUCGAACACGCGUCGUUUCCCGACGCCGGGUAGACGCAAUUUCCGUCUCGAUACGACGAUACUCUGCGAGGGCCCGUCAACGAGACCGCUGGCCGUGCCAUCGGUGCAAUCGUACGUGACGGUAUUGCCGCCACCGCGUCCAGGUAUAACGGUGAACGGAACCGGCUUCGUAGCCCGAGAAUACGCCGACUUCCGUUUGGGAGUCCGAGUCUUCCCGGACGCGCGCGUAACCGCUGGUUCAGCGGCGAGACUGGAUGCUUGCGCCGUGAGUGUAUAUCCGAGCUUGAAUCCGGACCACGAAACCCUUGGUUUACCGGACGACGCGCUCGAGCGAAUGGUCUCGAUCACCGCACGAAUCGACCGCGACGGUGUCGUUCUUUCCGGCGCUGACACUCCUUACGAUUAUCAACAGCUCAUUCGUCUCAUCACGUACACCAACCGCAAGCCCGCCUAUUACCUCGACCGCGUUUUCAAACUCACUUGCUCCGAGCUCAGCGGCCGUUUCGCAAGUAACGAGUACAUUCAAACACUCGCCGUAAUUCAUCCCAAGGAAAAACCGACUUCCAGCCCUCGCUGGUCCUCCGACGAUCCGCCGGUUGUCAAGAUCCUCGAACCGUUGCCCGGACACGCUCUGCUCUCGCCCCACCACGCUGAAUCACCCGAAGAAUACUCGAUAACCUCGCUCCACGAGGGCGGGCACACCGCUUCCAGCACCGGCGGCAGCCACGCCAUAACAAUAGUCGCCGCCACCUGCAUCGGUUUCCUUCUCCUCAUGGCGGUCGUCGGGGCCGUCAGAGUACGCGGCGCCGCGAAACAACGUCGCACCGCCGGCGACGAACUCGCCGCCGAAACCGAAAUGGCCUGGGACGAUUCCGCCCUCGCAAUAACCGUCAAUCCCAUGGAUCGACUCUCAGAAAAUAACUCCUCUCGUCAAAAUCAACGCGACGAGGACAUCGACGAUUCGGCAAGCUCCGAUUCCGAGGACGAUUCCUUCAGAGACGACGAUCUCGACACAACGGACUGCGAGAACGAGUGCCAAGUUUCGACCGGACGCAAUCACGGACGUCACAGCACACCCCACGAUCUCGAAUGGGAUCAUCGCGACGUUUAAAUCGAGAAAGCCUGGGAAAGUAAAGCAGAAAUAAACAUUGAAAAUAGCAGAAGAAGCGAAGAUUCCGCGACAACGGAAGACUAACUUGUCCAUCCUUCAUCUUAAUCUGGCAUUAAGAGAAGUUUAACGUUCCGAGCUACCGAACGGUACUCGCGAGAACAAACAACACCUACACAUACGCACGCAAACGAUCCUUGAUAUUUACUAUGAAUUUUACUUGGACGGAGCAUUACGAUAUUACGGAACAAACCCACCGCGUCAUUGUGUUUCCGCGACUCGUGGAAACGACGGAUUCAAUGAAACAAAGGUAAAUCAAUGCGACGUCAAUGAAAUUCAACAGUUUUUCAUAUCCGUCAGAAUGAAUUAACCGUUAGAAAGAUUAUAUGGGUCUCGAAAUAACAGGGAAAAAUAAGGAACAAAACCGGUGUUUCGUAGACAGUUUCCAGCGUCCCAUUUCCUUUGUUUUUCUUUCAAUUUCUUUAACAUUAUAUUAUUUUCGUUUAACACACACACGAAUUAUGAUUUUGAGGAAAUGAAGGAAAGAAACCUGUGAAAUUGGGUCAGUGGAAGUAGCCGCGUCAUACCGUAUCCGUCCUAAUAGAUGGAACUUUAGUCUAACACACUUAUAUAAUUAGCCGUUAGUACUACGCUUGAGCACCAGAUGAACAAAAUCAACGUCUACGCGAAGGGGAGAAUGCCAUUUAUUAGAUAAAACUAUUUCUACCAGUCUUUUGAGUAUGUCCAUCGAUCGAUGAAUUUUCAAUGAACACAAACAAACGUUCACACGGAUGGAAGUACAUUGUUGAUAAAUUAUCAUCAUCGGUACAUCGUCGAAUUUACCAUUCGCGAGUACAUUCGACGAUGAAUUAUUUCAAUUCAUCAUUCUCAAGCAUCGCUAUUUCUUUUAUAAACAUUCGUGUAGAAUCGAUAAUAAUAUUUCUACUAUACAUUAGUAUCGGACGAUCGCCUGGCGAUUUAUUUUUGACGUCGAUUUCUGUUCAACGCAAUCUCUAAAUGAUACAAUUGCCGUAACAAUUUUUGCAAUCUAGUUUAUUUCGGUGGCAUCCGGAUGGUGAUAUCGUUCUUAAGUCUCCAUUGAUUUUGCCAUACUCUCAAAGCUCCCGUCACAUUCUCGAUUUUAUAUUGAUUUUCACCGUAUGAGAAAAAAAAUUUUAAACAACCGCCCGAAAAUGAAACAAUACAUUUUUUACGUCUACUCAAAGUGAAAGUGCUAAUACGGUUUUCGUUGUUUUUAAGCUGUGUUUACGUAUGUAUUAUUCUACGUAUUUCGCGUUUAAAUGAUUUCACGCGUGUAUUUGUACAUUAUCGUAUUCGACGUUGAAAUAUCGAUAUGUAAGGGGAAUUCAUAGAGAUUAUGAAAUCGCACGUGUGUUAUGUAUGUUUACGAUAUUAUACGUAUGGAGAAAAGUCGGGGCGAAAAAAGCGAUUCGCGAUUGCAGACAUUCUUUUUAUCGAAUUACUCGAAAAAGGGCUGAAAAGUUUUUUACUGCGAUAGAUCAUUCGGAGAAUCCAGGCUCGAUAGGUUUUGACCGAUGAUUUUUCAGUUUUCCAGAUUGUUGAUUAUUAUUACAUGGUCUAGCACAAAUGUCGUUGACAAUUCGUAUAUCAGCGAUGACUGUUUUUUGAUCACGCUCUGAUUUGAAAAAUUACUGUUUCAAGCGUAGUUUGUUCUUGAUCAUUUUUUUCUAAACGGUUCGAGGGAUCGAAGGGCGAAAAAAUGAAGGGGAAAGUGCAGUUUUUUUCAUUAGUUACAGCUCUAAUCGUUGCAAGAGUUAAGCGCUUGUUCCAUGGCUGCAUUUUCAAAAUUAUUUUCUUUUAUACCAGUAAUUGCAUUUGACGAAUGAAUUUUUUGACAAGGUGCAAUCGAUUGAAGAUGAAAAAUAAUUGCAAUAAUCGGGCAUUUGCAGUGCAAGAUUUUAAAUCAACCGUUAACUCAUACUUUUUUGAAAAAGUUUUUAUCAUUUUUUAAUACAGAACUCAGCUUUUGUUGUAGGAGCAAUUAAGAACAAGAAUCAUUGUCCCAUUCGGUAGACGGGUGACAAUUUCUGGAUAUUUGUGUGUGUUGACACGGAUGAAACAAUCAAUCUAAUCUCUCGCAACACAUUAACCCGAGAUUUUGAAGCACACAAAUCUUAUUCUCAGGCCUAUACAGCACCGAUCGAAUCUCGCGACUAUCAUUGGCAAACAAAUCUACUUGAUGUACUAAAAUCUCAUGAUUUUAUCACAGUCGUUAAAACGUUCAGAGUUCAGGAACGUGGCUCUUUUUAUUUUAUAUCGGUCGCCCACCGGGGCAGCUUUAUUUCUGUUAUUUUUAUAUCAGCAAAAUUUUUUCUAUCUCUGUCAUGAUGAAUUAUGCAUUUCUUUGGUCCAUUAUUAUUAAAUUCUUACAGAAAAGAAAAACUAAUGGAAGAAUUGAAAACGAAAGUUUCCCGCAAUCGGCGCGAGUACACGAGCCAGUUAUCUACACAUACUCGAGAAAUAAAGGUUCUAAGCAAAUUUUCUUCAAUGCCCCGUGCAAACAAAAGAUACCAACCAUAUUUCUUACAUUUUUGUAGUGUUUUAAUGGUAAAAACAAAUGAAAUAAAAAAAAAAGUGAAAGCCGCGACGCGCUCGUUAAACAGAAGAACAACGGAAGAUCAAAAAUGCAAACGACACUCGAAGUAGUAGAACUAAAGUAACAGCCCGUGGCUCACGAACGUUUAACCUAAAAUCGGUCGAACUGUAUACACGUACUUAUAACUACCACGAUCGGUUAGACAUCUAGUUCUAAUGAUUUAUGUACGAAUAUCUAUAUUCUUAGAAAAUAUGAGAUAAUUUAUUUUUCCAAUGUGCAUAUCAUAUCAUUUUUAUGGGGGGAAAAAAAAGAACAAAAACACGUUAACAGAAGCAAGCACAGACGCGUGCAUUUUUUCAAUGGCAAAAAAAGCGCAAAAGGAUUUGUUAUCGCCAGUGAUGAUCCUAUAGUGUGAUGCAAAUCUUGUUUUUGUUGUAUAGAAUUGCACGUAAUAUACGUGUGUCUCGAAAAAGUAAAUUACUCAUUCGAAAAACCGUCCUAAUUUGAUAAAAUUAACCAGUAUUCGUUGAUUCGUUUAUAUUUUGUUUAAGACAAUUGAUUAGAAGGAGGUGAGAAUCAAGCUCAAACUGUUGUGUUACUGAGAUUUCAUAAUUAACACAUUUUUUUGCAAUAUGUGAGAAAAAUAACGAAUAAUUGUGUUACUCCAAUGAGAUGUGUGAGCGCGUUUAAUUACUCGGCUUUUAUUCAUGCUGCACGUACAAUUUUAUGAAUUCGCAUUUAUUUUCCACGCGUAUAUGGCACGAGCGCUUUUCUCAUGAAAAAUAUAAAUAUUCGUUCAUCGUUUUUCCAUGGGACUGUUAUUAUUACCGGAGUCGACACAAAUAGCAAUUAUAAUUCAUGAAAGACAAGUGAUGUUUGGACGAUUUGUUAGAGCCAUUAAAUGAAAACCUCGCGAUCUGCCUUCGUUAACACAGUUAACUAAGAUUAAAAUAUGUAGUGUUAUCGUGUUUCUUCGGAAUACCACUUUGCAUUUGUGACACCUAUCGGCGUUUCUUCGCAUUAUUUAUUCUUCGAAUGAUUGAAUUUCACGAAUAUAUAUACAAGUCCAAAUAUAAAAGCAAAACACGAUGAUACUUUGGGUAAAUAAAACGCAAAACCAGUGAAUAGGAUCGAAUAUUAAAUUGGCUUCUCAAAGGAGCGUAUUUCAAUUGGGCAGCUUUCCCAUUCGAAUCUUUUGUUUAGUGCUUGAGCCUGAUAAUGAAAAAUCAAUAUCGUUCGUACGUCUAACAGCAUUUUCCUACCUUUUUACGCAGGAAUAAAUGAAAGCGUUGUGUAUUGCACCAACAACAACUGAACUAAAUUUAAUUCAAAUGAAUAGAAUUAAACACGAAACCACAUCAGCGUAACAUAAAAAAAUAUAAUCGCUUCGUUAUCGAAUCCAUCCUACGAUAAGAACAUCAAAAUUCCGAAAAAUACAUUUCAUAACUAGUUUACUUCCAAUCAUCAACGUUUUUUUUUUUAUUUACGAAAACAAGAAAGUCCCUCAAACACUGUUGCACUAGAUAAUCUCUGAAAGGUGAAAAAAACAAGCAGAAAUAAUAAAAACAGUAAGAAUCGUGAAGCUAUGCAUGUUAAUGGGAGAAAGGGGGGGGCGAGCCACACAUAAAUUCUAUCCACAAGUCUUAAAGAUAAAUAAACAAACGGAAAUAAAUCGAAAACGUUCUCAAGAAUAUAUCUCGAUGUGAUUGUAAUCCGCGCACUUUCGGGGCGGUCCAGCCGUCCCGAUCGUAAGAAUCUGAAGAAAAAAAGCGAGCACUGAAGAAAGAUUAAUUAUUGUUGAUAAAUGCAGUAGAAUAAUCAUCACAUAGGUGUCUACACCAGAGAUAAAAAAUUGUACUUAAGCAAGUAAUCAUGCGAAAGACUAUAGAAGAACAAAAAAUCCGUUUAGAUUAUACUAUAUAUAUAUAUAUAUAUAUAUAUAUAACACACACAAAUAAACAAAAAAGAAGACACACACACAUAAACAAGUCUAUGUAUAUAUAUAUAUGCUGUUUGCGAAUGAUAUAAAUACGAAUUUGUAUCAAAAUAUCAUAUUUUUUGGGCUGCUAAUAUGUAGGACUUGCAUACCGCGUUAAAGCCUAUUUCCCCAUUAUAUAUAUGCAUAUUCGAGCCCGCAAUACUUACUGGAGCCCUUGAAGCGAAUUUUGUUCAACCGGCCAUUAUGAAACGCGAUGGAAUUAAUAUACACACAUUUGAUGAAAUUCUAAUCGAGGACGUGUGUACAGAUAAACAUAUAUAUAAAAAUUCAUAUGUAUUCGUGUACGUACGUCCGAACAAUGAAUAAACGUUUGGUUUAAAGUGUGGAUAUGAAAGAAUAGAGAGCAAUUGGUAAUCUCAGAAAAAAUCUUGAGCGCACGUGUGGGGCGAAAAGUGGGGUUAUAAUCGGUGAGCUUUCAUUAGCUUACUAUUAAGAUGUUGAACGAUGAUUUAUCAGCUCUAUAACUAAUCUCUACUCGAAUCGUAAGUCUUGUGAAGCGUAAAAUUAUAUUAAUCAUGUGUUAACGUUUAAUUGAUUGAUCAACUGGUACUGGACCAGGGCGCAAUAAUAUCAGCUUUCGAAACGCGAACACCGCCACAAAAAGGCGAAAAGAAACAUUAACUUUUGUGCAUUUAACGCAUUAACAAAUCAACAACACGGUAGAGAAAAAGUGUUUGUUUCAUGGUGAUGGAUAAUAACUGGUGGGAAUGAUUGAAAUCAUGGUUUUAUUGACUCUUACUUAAUUAACAAGCAACAUUUAAUAUCCUGAUCUGUGUCAAGACAAUUGAACGAUGUCGUACUAGAAUUUCGUGUUAGUGAUGGGUCAAGCUAUUGGCAAUUUUUUUGGUAAAUAUACAAUUUUUACUGAGUCGUGUGAACAUGAAUAUUUGAAAAAAUAGUAAAAAGGAAAUCAACAAAGUAAUAACAUCUGUCGAAAACCGAAUAAAGUGAAAAUUGUAUUCCAUAACACAUGAAAAUCGUUUCGUAGAAAAUAAGAUCUAUCUGAUAAUCGUACUUUUAAGACAAAAGCUAAAAAAAGAAAAAACAGGAAUGAAAAAAAUAAGAAAUAACAACUAACCAUAAACAAGUAACAAUAUUAAUUGAACGCUAAUGUGUUUUCAUUAUAAACAAUGGCUAAUGGGAUAUCACCCAUUAAAAUCUAAUUUAAUGUGACACGCUGAGUUACUCAAAAUUAUUCGUCCGUGACGCACACAUAUGUCAAAUUACCUUGUUCCUUUCCAAUUUAAAAAAUAAACGAUAUAAUAAUGAACAAAAAAACUAUGAAAAAAACAAAAAACUCAAAAAAAUACCCUAAAAAAAUAAUAAUUUUAAAAAGUCGUGUAAUUAAUAUGCCACGGUAGAACAUAUACACACGCAUAUAAAACAAACAAAAAUUUGCACAGGCUAGAUUGAAUAGAUAAAUCACCAAGCGACAUAUAAAUAUUAUUAAGACAUCAACUGUAUUUGUUUAAUAAAGAUGUAAAUUCGAUAAAAACCCAAA